AAACAAUCUCAUUCGUCAUCGAGCAGUACGCAGUUGCGGGUCUGUUUCUACGUCGCGUCGCGAGCAAAAUUUCCUUCGAAGAAAAUAUUUAGUUUGUUGUAAAAAAUUCUCCCCCUAAUUGGAUUACGUCCGCGGAAAGAAUCGUGCAUUGUGAUUAGUGUCGUAAGAGUUCUACAUAAUGAAGAGCCUACAGCUGGCCUUGGCUGGCGUUCUGCUGGUCACGGCUGCAACAUGGGCCUCGCCAGUCGAAACCGGAGGACGUCGUUUGGUAGGUGCUAGGGAGUGUACCUGGGGCCCUACCUACUGGUGUUCCAAUUUGAAAAAUGCCAAAAAUUGCGGAGCGGUGACGCAUUGCAUCCAAACCGUGUGGGAAAAGCAAAAGUACCCAGUUGAUAACGAUGAAAUUUGCAACAUCUGCCUAGACAUGGUCAAGCAGGCACGCGAUCAGCUCGAGAGCAACGAGACUCAAGCCGAUCUGAAGGCCGUCUUUGAGGGAUCGUGCAAUUUGAUCCCUAUUAAGGUGGUACGGAAAGAGUGCAAAAAGAUGGCCGACGAUUUCAUUCCGGAGCUGGUGGAGGCGUUGGCUUCGCAAAUGAACCCGAACGUGGUGUGCAGCGUGGCAGGGCUCUGCAACAAUGCGGCCAUCGAUAAGAUGCUGGAGGAGAUGCCAGCGGUGAAACCAAAGGAUCAAGACGACUUGGAUGAAUCGUCUAGCGCGAGCGAGGAAACAGCAGAUGAAUUCAGCUGUGACAAGUGCAACAAAAUUGCUGGUUUGAUUACUAGUCGGUUCCACGCUACUGAUCGCGAUCAGGUGCUAGAAGGUUUCCUACGGUUCUGCGGACAAAUGGGAUCGUUCUCGGAUGGAUGUUCAAGCGUUGCUCUGACUUAUUUCAAUGAAAUUUACGAUCACAUGUCAAAGGAAUUCAAUGCCAAGAACGUGUGUCACAUGUCUGGAGCCUGUGCCAGCAGAUUCCAUCAACAUGAAGAGAGCCAGGAAAUCGAAAUCCGCCCUAUGGGUGGAGUUGGCAUCAUCAAGGUUGAAAGUGAGCAAAUGGGCGAUGAUAUUCCGUGCAAGCUGUGCGAGCAGUUGGUCGACCAUCUGCGAGAUUUGCUGAUUGCGAACACCACAGAGCUUGAAUUCAAACAGGUGUUGGAAGGACUCUGCAAACAAACCAAAGCCUUCAGUGAAGAAUGUUUAAAUCUAGUCGAUCAGUAUUACGAGGAAAUCUACAGCACCCUGGUGCAUAACUUGGAUAGUAACAGUGCAUGCUUCAUGAUUGGCGUUUGUCCGAAAGGACUGAACAAAGCGCUGGACGGCCCAAUCAUGCCGAUUGUUCCGAUGAGAGUCGCUAUUAUCCACGAACAAAGCAGUGCUCCACGGACGCCGCCGAAGAAAUUACUCGGCGAGAACGAGCCUAAAUUAUCGGCAGUUGAAAUCCAGCAAGCUCAAUUACCAAUUGACCGACUAAUGGGUGCCCCGUUGUCCAUGAAUUUGGUUGAAAACGGAAAGUUCUGCACGCUCUGUGAAUAUUUCAUGCACUUUGUUCAGGAAGCUUUGAGCGAACCGGCAAACGAAGAUGAGAUCAAGAAUGUGGUUGGAACAACUUGCGAAAAGCUUCCGAAGGCAAUCCGUAGCGAGUGUCAUAGCUUUGUCGACCUCUACGGCGAUGCGGUCAUUGCAUUGUUGAUUCAGUCAAUGGAUCCUCGGGAGAUCUGUCCCCAACUUCAUAUGUGCCCAGCCGCUCGGGAGGACAUUGAAAUUUUCGCUCCUGCUCAAAUAGAUGUCACCAUUGACGCGAACGCUGGUAAGGACAAACCAACAUGCCCGUUGUGUCUGUUUGCUGUUACGCAGCUGGAAGAAACCAUCAAGAAUGAUCGCACCAAGGAAAACAUCAAACAAGCUUUGAGCAAACUCUGCUCGCAUCUGUCCCCGAAACUGAAAAUGGAGUGCACCGACUUUGUCGAUACCUACUCUGCUGAACUCGUCGAAAUGCUGGUAUCCGAUUUUACUCCGCAGGAGAUUUGCGUCUAUCUGAAGCUGUGUGUGGAUCAACGUCCGGAUUUGAGCCUCCUCAACAUGGAGUUCGAUCACGAUUUCCGUCAACAACAGCGCACCCAUUACGAUAUUGAAACGAACGAAAUCGCUGAUAAUACUGUAAACGGACAAAUUACCGUUGAUCAUCAGGCCACCAUCGCUUCACCCGAAUGCCUUGUUUGCCAGGAAAUGGUGAAGGAAGUGGAGAAACGUGUGAAAAACAAGAAGAGCAAAGAACAGAUCAAGGAAGCUUUGGAACAUGCCUGUGAUCGGCUGAAAAAGUACAAAACCAAAUGCGAACGUUACAUCGAUCAGCACAGCGAUCAAAUCAUUGAUUUGCUCAUGAAGCAAUUGUCCCCGAAAGAGAUUUGCCAUUCGCUAGGAUUCUGCAUUGCAAAGGAAUUCGAUGAAUUGGAAGUUGACGAAGCCCUUCUGGACUACGUUGUGGAACCUGGAGUCAUGGUAGAACCACCAAAAGAGCUGUUCACGCCCGUGGAGGAAACAACGGUCCAAGGUCAACCACCCCAGUGCGCCAUGUGUGAAUUCGUGAUGGUCAAGCUGGAGUCCGAACUGGCAGACAAGAAAACAGAAGAAGACAUCGAGAACGCGGUUCGCUCCGUAUGCUCCAAGCUUCCAAACACAGUGACCAAGCAGUGCGACCAUCUUAUUGAUCAGUACGGAAAGUUCAUCAUCAAGUUCCUGGCCACGCUACCGCCGAAGGAGAUUUGCACCAGGCUGGCACUUUGUGAGAAACAAUUGGCUAAACUGGAAGAAAGUAACCUUGAAAUAAUUGAGUGCGCUGUUUGCCAAGGAGCCGUCAAGACGGUGGAUGACAUUUUGGGCAACAAAAAGAUCGACUACGAUAUUGUCCAAGAUGUGGAGAAAAUUUGCAACACUGUCCCGGCCAAGUAUUUCGAAAAAUGCCGCAAAAUGAUCGAAGUGUACGGAGUGAGCAUGGUUCGCCAGCUGCAAAAGUACGUCGAAAGAGAGCAAGUGUGCGUUAACAUGGGAAUGUGCAGCAAUCCUACCGGAUACGUAAAAUUCGAGGAUGAAGUUGCACAGGUCGACCAUGUCGAGAAAAAAGAAGUGCAUCUUGUUGGACUCGAUGAGUGCACUUGGGGACCAGGGCAUUGGUGUGCUACCGAAGAAAAUGCCCAGAAGUGUAACGCCAGCGAGUUCUGCGCAAAGAAGAAGCUUGGCAAGUGGCAGGACUGAACCGGUGUGAGCCAACACUAUUGAAUAACUAGUUAUUAAGAGCAGGGAAGAGCUUUCCGAUUGAAAACGAUACCAAGAAGUGCUAUAGUUUGAUUUAGGCUGUCCUGUUUUAUCUGUUUCUGGUCCUUCCUGUGUAUGACGGACAUUAUUUAGUAUCUCUUAUCUACAUUCUUUCUAGGUCAGAAUAGGAAAAACCAAACGAUUUAUCAGCAUUCUUUAAUCUAAAAAAAGUGUUUAGAGGAGAACUGUUAGAAACGUACGAACCGGGUGAUACGAGAAGUAAGUUUGAAAUUGAUUCAAAAGUGGGUUUGAAAAUUAUCCGGCUUUUCAAUUAGGCUGUUAACAUCAUUAAUUUGUACGUUUUUGUAAAAAGGAAGUGAUUUUUAAUAAAUAGAAAUUUAUAAUAAUUGGA